UCACGCUGAGUGCCCGCGGGUCCCGGUGCCCGCGAAUCCCGCGUAACUUACGUAAGUCUUUAAAAAAAAAAACUUGGUUAACUCUAGCAGUGAUCUGUGAGUGACAGUGAAGUGAUGUUAAAAGUUGUAUGCAGAAAUUGAUAUAAGCCAGACGGGUAUGCGGCGGGCGGGCGUGUGAAGUGGCCGACACAAAGCCCGCUCCCAGACGAUCAAGAGCCUCGUCAAUACGUAGAAGAUGCACAGACAGAGUGGCGGACGGGGGGAGAUGGAUCGACGUCCAAACUCACGGAGACACAAUAAAAUCUCUAUAAACUAACAGUGGACUACAAAAGUAAACUUUAUAUUCGUGCAAUCAUGCAGAUCGGGGUUCGGUUGUUGUGUGAUUCGUUUGUUUAUCCGUGAGGGGGGCCAAUGAGAAGGCGCGGGCGGGCGGCGACUCCCCGCGCAACAUGCGGCACGCCGUAGCGCUGCUGCUCGCCGCCGCCGCCGCCACCGUCACCUCGCAGAUCGCAUGGACGCCGAUUUUUCUAGAUGGCAGCAGUCAAGUGGACCUAUGGACGCAGUCAUCGUCGGGCUGCGCGUGUCCGGGGGGUGGGGGGGAGCAGUGCGCGUGCUGCGUGCGCGACGGCGCGUGCCCGUGCGGCGACGUCGCACCAGCCCGCUGUGCGCAGUGCGGUCUGGAGCAGUACUGCUCGAAUAUGUGCAACAUAACCAUCGACUCCCGGAUCCUCAAGAGCAAGUCGGGCAAGACCUUCGGCCAGAUCAAGUCCCCGUCUAUCGAAGGUCCGGGCGUCUGCUCCUACUUCCUCCAGCCUGAUGCCGGCCAGCGGGUCGAGAUACAGCUAUACCGGCUCGUCUCCGCUGGCAGGUUCAAUGGAUCCAGCUGCGUCGGAGGCUGGCUGCAGCUGAGCGGUGCUAGCGCGGUACAGGACACAACGGGGGAGGCCGAGACGAGGCUCUGCGGCACCAACGAACGGUACACACCACCCGUGGUCCUCUUCGCCGACUACGGCGCUUCAGUAUUAGAAUUUAGGAUUAUAGAGAAGACGGUGCGGUCUCAGUUUCUGGCGUUCUUCAGCUUCACGUCGCUGAGCAACACGCAGGGGGUGGGAUUUCACCCCCGCGGCGGAUCCCGGAUACCCCACACAGAUUGUGACUGGCUGUACCAAGACGUGUCGUGUCGUGGCGCGGGCACGUGCGUGCUGGCCAGCCCUGGCUACCCCGGCCUGUACCCGCCGUACCGACGAUGCCGGUAUCUCUUCGCCACCAACUCCGUACACACGAGGGUCAAGAUCGUAUUCACGUCGAUACUGCUGCCGAGAGAUCACUGCACGACGGACUACCUAACCCUGCGUGCAGGCAGCUCGCCGUCCGCACCACUACUCGCCUCGCUGUGUGAAGAGAGAAGCAAGACCCUGGAGCACCCAGGACCGAACCUACUGUUGGAGUUUAAUUCCGGUGCACUAGUCCCGCCAUACGACUACAACGGCUUCAUAGCGAAGCUGGAGUUUCUGGAGCGACAGGACGCGAGCGACCCCACGCCAACAGUGGCGGUGGCGUCGCAGCCGCUGGCAGCCCUAGUGCAUCCUAAUCACAACGGCGACAAGUCAUCGGAGAUUGAAGUUGACGCUCUGUCGAAUGAGAUAUCGACGAGCAACGGGCGCGUGGGGUGCGGUGCGACCGUCCGCGGCUACGGGCCGGGCGGCGUGCGCUCCGGACACUUCGACACUCGCACCGCGACCUGGCGGGCCCAGUGCGCUAUACACCUCAUCGGCACCCCGACCGACGUCAUCCAAGUCUCGCUGUUUAAUUAUAAUUUAAGGUUACAAAGCUGUAGAUCUCAUAUUGAGAUUCUGGAGGGGUUACACGAGUUAAGCGCGAGAGGAGACAGGGUAGACAGAUCGGAGCGAAUAGACCGCGCACUGCUCAGGGUAUGCGGUCCAGCAGUAAGGGAGGCGAGAGACCCCGCUGGCAGGUUCCUGGUGCGACAGGCGGUCACGUCCAAGGGCUCCAACGUCACCAUAUUCGUUAGAAGAGCUUCUUCUCGCAACGUCGACGAAGAAGAGUUUGUGGAUGGUGGUUUCGCUUUUCAUGAUGAGCAACACGAGGGCACGGUGUCCCCUGAUGCGACGUGCGCGGCGACUCAUUACGGACUGUCGUCGCCUCCUCACGGCGGUGUCUCCGCACCAUCGCACCAUCACAUCUUCUGGAACAUCGAGGAACGCCUCAUAUGCACGCAUCGCUUCAUACCCGCCUCCAACCAGAGCGUUACCAUUGAGAUCCAGCGGCUGGAGCGCAUGUGGAGUGCGGAGCCGCCGGGCGCGGUGGCGGGGGGUGGGGGGUGCCGCACCGCCUGCGGGGACGCGGGCUGCGAGUGCCGCGCGCUCACGCCGCUCACAUACCACGACCAUAUCGCGCUGGUGGCGGGAGAUGGGACACAUCUGUCUUGCCUAUGCGGGGAUUUUCAGGCGGCGUGGUUACCGGUGGUGGUUCGGAGCUGGACGAGUCUCCGGCUGGAGUACUCUGUGGCGCACUACACGUACGCGAGCCGGGGGUUCGACUACGCCGCCGCAUACAGCUUCAACGACGACGCUAUGUGCGGCCAACGAACGUAUACUACGCACUCAGGCGAAAUAUCAUCGAAGAACGUAUCGGUUACCGGCAGCCUUAACGAGUUCUUCUACCAGCAGUGCACCUGGGUACUCGACUCCAACGUUGAGAGGCAGCUGUUCAUUGAUAUAUCUUCCGAACAGGAUAAGUCAUGCAGCUCUUGGAACAUCACACUUCACGAGUGGUCGGGCUUGAGGGCUCACAGCGAGGGAGGGCUGGCGGCGACCGCCGGCGAGCUAUUAUACACCUUCUGCGCACGACAUAAGAACCACACUUACACCCUGCCCUGGCGACUUAAUACCGUCGUUAUUAGACUAGUAGCACUGUCUCGGCAGCAGCCGCUGUACAGCAUCCGCUGGCGGUCGCAGGUGGUCCGCGCCAACAACCGGCUCGGCCCCCCGACCCCCGCGCCCGCUGCAGCCGCCCUCGCCCCUAAAAACACCCCACGAAUUUACUCCAUAGGACUCAUCGUAGUGUAUAUCUAUUUAGGGAACAUGUGAAUUUGUACAGACGAAGUGUAAAUAGUGAGUGUAAUAUGAAUGGUAUAUGGUUGCUUAAUAUAAGAUAUAGUUCUAGUCUGAAAUAAAACUCAGUAUAGCCAGUGCUCAAGACGUCAUUUGUCUAACACCAUAUUACUGUGGUGAGAUAAAUGUGACGUAUAAUAACAACAGAGUCAUAUACGUCAAUGCUUUGGCCUACGAAAAAACUGAGGAAACGUAACUCCCAUCUUCAACCGUUUUGAAUUUGGUUCCUUUUCGCACACUGAAAUAUAAUAUUGCAAUAGGUACGAAACACUAAUACUCAACUUUACGAAAUAAAGCCGUGGACAUUAAUUGUCACUUUU